AUGGGUUCCAAAAUUAAGCUCAUUUCCAAUCCCCGCUACCAGAAAUCUGGUACCAAGUCGUAUGUCCACCUCAUGCGCAAGUACCGCUUCUCCCCGACAAAAGGGGGGCGGUACUUUUACGGCGGCCAUCUGCAGCAAACAGGGCGGCAAUACACCAACAAGCCCAUAGGUGGCAAAGCCCGCAUCCAGCGCGUUCUAAGAAAGAAAGUCGCGGACACAAAUGAAGUUGGCGAAGUUGGUGCCGACGAUGUUCAGAAUGACUCGAUGCACCUGGCCCCAGUAAAUAUCGGAACCCCCGCGCAGACGGUGAAUCUGGAAAUUGACACAGGAUCUGCGGACCUCUGGGUCUGGUCGAGCGAGCUCCCCUCGGAGACCGUCUCUCAGCACACCGGCACGGUCUUUGACGCGAGCAAGUCAAGCUCAUUCAAAAAGUCGGAUUCCACGUGGAAGAUUUCGUAUGGCGACGAAGCCUCUGCCUCUGGUACAGUAGGAACAGACUUAGUAUCUCUUGGUGAUUUCAAGGUUGAGAACCAGAGAAUUCAGCUGGCCGACACCAUAUCAACCCAGUUCCAGGGUACUGGCGACGGCGUGUUGGGUUUGGCAUUCAACAAUAUCAACACCGAUAGAUCGCUCGUGAAGAAUCUGAUUGCACAGGAUAUCUCGAAGUCUGCCAAUCUGUUCACUGUCAAGCUGGGGCACUGGAAAGACACAGAGCCGUUCUACACAUUCGGAUUCAUCGACCAGGAGACGGUCAAGGCGUCCGGAGACGACAUUCAUUACACUCCGAUCGACCAGACUCACGGGUCGUGGCUCUUUGACUCAUCUUCUGCGACUGUAAACGGGAACAUGAUAACAAGAUCAGGAAACAAGGCUGUUGCCGAUACGGGGACACCUUUAGCACUGGUAGACGACGACACGUGCAAGGCGAUAUAUGAUGCCAUUCCCGGAGCACACUACGAUGAGGAUAGUCAAGGCUAUAUUUACCCUUCUGAUACAACAGAGGACAAGCUACCCGUUGUCUCACUUGCUGUGGGAGAGAAGCAGGUUGUCGUCCAAAAGGAGGAUCUGGGCUUCGCCGAGGCCAAGUCUGGAUAUAUUUAUGGAGGCAUCCAGAGCAGAGGAACUUUGCAGAAUGACGUCCUUGGGUCUACACUCCUCAACGGGAUUUACGCUAUAUUUGAUGUCGGUAAUUCGCAAUUCGGGGCAGUACAACCGAAGGGCGUGCGGCAAAGUCUGACUAUUUCUCAAUGA